AAUGAUUCGAAGCCUCAAUUAUGCAUCAUCUUCAAUAAUUCAGAAUGGCCUCGACUUGAAAUAUUUAUGAAGAAAACGAUCUAAAGAAUUUUUCAAAAAAUAAUAAUAUGAAUAAUUCGGCCAUAUCAAUCGUGCUUAGCGAGUUGGAAACGUAUGAGCAAGAUAUCCCAGAUAUUGUUUUAAAUAAAGUCAAAUUAGUAUUUUGGUUCACCAUAUUCCCGUUAUUCAUUAUACUAGGUAUUUUUGGAAACCUAUUGAAUCUCAUAACCUUGUUCUCGGGUGGGCUUAAAGGGGUUGCCUAUAUAUAUCUUAAAUGGAUGGCUGUAGCCGAUUUAUCCGUUAAUCUAUUAGCCAUACCAUGGGCCCUUGAAAAUUUUGUCUAUUUUUCAAUAGACUUUCCAGCCCUAGAGAGUAAAGCUUUCGUAACAUUUUUGUGUCGAAUCGAUUUGGUACUCUUAAAUGGCUUUAUGAAAUCGAGCGUAUUACUCGUUAUCGCAUUAACUGUCGAACGAUAUAUAGCUGUAUGCCAUCCAGUUCGGUAUAAGGUGUUAUGCACUGACAGAAGGGCCAAAAUUGCCGUUAUAAUUUCAUUCCUCAUAGCCUUCGCCAUUAGCUUACCCUUGGUGUUUCAAUAUCAAGUAGUGCCUAAAUUACUAUUCUCCUCAUUACCUCAGAAUAAAAGUGGCAUAGUAAAUUCGACCAAUAGUAACAAUCACUCAUUGCAUCAUAAUGGUAAGAAUACCUAUCAGUUUACAAACACUAACGAUUUCAACAUUCCUAAUAAUUUAUCUCGCUCCUCUCUACUUAAAUAUAAUGAUUCUGUUGUUUUAAGAAUGGGAAAAUUUAUUAACGAUUCGUUUCAAGAUGUUGAGAGGACGAUACUUCCGACACGUUACACUUUUGAUACUCAUAAGAUUAUUAGCGAUUCUGUAGCCUACAAUAUAGGCUAUGUGUGGUUUAAGGAAAUAUUUUUAACUUUUCUCCCCAUUUGCUUAUUAAUUUUCUUCAAUUUUCGUAUAGCCUAUGAUUUUGGUAAGAUUGUUAAAAAGCGCAAAAAAAUGUUCGAAGAAACAAAUUCCAGAUCUUCAAAAACAAUACCUAGAGAUCAGCAGCGACCAUAUGUUCAAAAUGAAAAUACGAACCAAAAUAGCUUCAAACGAAAUAUAUUUCAUUAUAACAAAUUUACCCGUAAAAGGGACAACUAUAUCAAUAUUAAAAAACCAUCAAUAUCCCUUAAUGACGAAAAAUAUAAUCUUAACGAUUUACCCAAGUAUUCCGAUCUCAAGGAGACAAAUAUUAGUCAUAGCGGAGACCUAGAUAAUAUUUACUGCGAUUACGAGACCACUACAACUCCUGCAUCCGAGCUCACAACUGAUUAUUACAACACGAUUAUAUCUUCCUCAGAGGUAGAGAAGAUAAACGAUGGCAUAAAACCCCUAUCCCUUGAAAAUGGUUCUCUUAUUAAAUUAUUUAAAAGGAUCAAAAAAGGAAUUCCUAAUACUUUUAACGUAGACUCUUUACGCGUAAGAAACUCGAAUACAAGUAAUAAUAAAGAUGACGAUGAUGAAGAUACUCAAAGUAGCUAUAAUAAGAUCAAAUCUAAAAAAAUAAGUGAUAAAGUUCCUACUAAUAAAAGUAAUAGGCAACACCGACAAAACAUUAAGAUCAAACGUAAAUUUCAAAAUGAAAGGCGUCUCAUCAUUCUAAUGGUUUCCGUUGUAUUACUUUUCUUAGUGUGUAUAUUGCCCGCAGCCUUUAUAUCCAUUUUUUUUCGGUUCGAGAAGUUUCGCAAAAAAAACUCGCUUAAAGUGGGUAUGAUAGUAAGUGACACUUUGGAAAUUUGCAAUUAUUCGCUCAAUUUUUAUCUUUAUUGCUUCUGCAGCUCCGAUAUACGUAAGGCACUUAAAAAGUCGUUGAAAAUAAAACUUUUCACCCAAUGUUGCAAUUUUUUAAAAGGGCUUGGACCAAGCCCACCAUUUUUUAAACCUAAAGGGUGUGAAAUGAUGGCGGAGCAGAAUCGAUUAAACAAAAAUGGCAAUCUGCAUGUCAAAAGUGUUCAUUACAAUAAUGUCCCCAUUUUUGAAGAGAGAUUCAUACCCUUAUCGGACAAAGAUAUCAUUUUAUUAAAAGAGGAAAAUAAUUUAUCAUCUAAAAAUCAUUCCUCCAUAAUAUUGAGACAUGAAAAAGGGAAAGAAUAUCGCGUUUAAAAUAUUUUUCCCUUUCUUUUUUUGAAUGCUGUAAAUAAACAAGAAUUUUCAGAUCU